AUGCUUACAUAAUAUGCUAAAAAUUAAUUUUAUUUUAGGAUAAAGUUGCUUUGCAAAUACUAUUCCAAGGCACAUUAUCAAAAAAUUCAUUUGAAUAAAGCCUAAAGUCACUUUGCUAUCAUACUAAAUAGAGAACAAACUAAAAUCAAAAUAUAAGAAUAAGCUUAAACUAAAUACUGUUAAAACUCCUUCAAUUGUUAAUAGUAUAAUCCUAUCGAAUUUGGAACAUAUUUUAUAUUAGUAAAUUAAAUAAAAUUGGCUUACAUUGCUGAAAGAAAUCAAUAGCCAUUGCAAAAUUUAUUAACUUUAGAAUUUUAUCAAUACGAUGUGGAAAAACAUCGUUCUGGAAAUAUCUAAAGCAAUGAAUUUUACUUACUAAUUUCCUUUAUUAUUUUAAUCCUUAGGAUUACUACAAAUACUAAAGGACUUUAAUAACAAGCAAAUACACAUCAAAAAUAUUGAAGUUGCAAAAAUAGUAGUUAAAAUACUUCUCAAAUUGUCAAUUCGAUUAUAAUAAAGUUAUAAAAUAACUUUAAAAAUCAAAUCCCAUGAGUUAACAUAAAUGGGUUGUAGUAUUUUAUGAUAAUUUUAUAGAUAUCUUAAUUUCGUUAAUUAAUUGACGUGAUUUUAGAAAUUAAGUAAUAAAUUAAUUAUUGCCAUUAAAACCUUUGAUUCUAUGGUUGUUUGAUAUUCAAGACUUUUCAUGUAUUUGCCUAAUUUAAAGAACAAAACAAAGAGACUUCUGGCAAAAUACAGUAGUGGUACCAAUGCUACAAUUUAAAUGAAUUGAGGUAAAAAAUUAGUAAAAAGAUCAGCCUCUACAUUAUAUUAUUAAAAUUUUCCACUUAGAUUAACCUAUUUUUCUUUUCUUGUUAUUAUAUUUAAAUAAUCAUCAAAUUGAAAAUAUUAUAUAUAAGAUGUUAUAGAUAGCAACUCCUAUGCUUAAAAAUAAAUUUAGAGAUUUUCAGGAUAAUCUACAUUAAUAAAUCGUAAGAAUGAUUAAUAUUAUAACAGAUUCAGUGUCUCAAUAACAAAGGAACUUUAACUAGAAAUUAAAGAAACUCCACAUAUGGUUAUUGCUCCAAUCAUAAAGGCUUUGUUGGAUGAUGAAGCCAAAUUAGAUAUCUAUUUUGAUGAUUCAGACAUUAUUUUUGGUAGCUAUAGAGUAAUUGACUCACUAGGAUUAAGAAUUGAUUAAUUAUUUGAGUUAACAAAGUCUUGA